AUCAGCCUUAAAUUUCAUUUAAACACAAAUUCAUACGGAUCGCACCUCGAAAUCGUCUCUAGAAUCUGAUUCAGUUCUCUCGGAAUGUUAUAGACAAGUAAUGGCUCAUUGAUUCUUAGAAAAAUUCAUUUCAUUUGGCAGCAGAUCGAUCAGAAAGUAGAUCUUAAAUCGAAACCAAUACCAUACAUCAAUACGGAUCUGAUCUAUCGGUUUUGAGUAAUUGAUGGCAGGGGCGGCCUCUGCGCUGUUCCUUCUCGACAUCAAAGGCCGUGUUCUUGUAUGGCGUGACUACCGUGGCGAUGUCUCCGCAGUUCAGGCCGAGCGUUUCUUUUGUAAACUGAUAGAAAAAGAGGGUGAACCAGAUGCUCAAGAUCCUGUUGUGUAUGAUAAUGGCGUCACCUAUAUGUUCGUACAACACAACAAUGUAUAUCUAAUGACUGCAUCCAGGCAGAACUGUAAUGCAGCUAGCCUUCUCCUCUUUCUACACCGUGUAGUUGAUGUAUUUAAGCAUUACUUUGAGGAGCUAGAGGAGGAAUCACUUAGAGAUAACUUUGUUGUUGUGUAUGAGUUGCUUGAUGAAAUGAUGGACUUUGGUUACCCUCAAUACACUGAAGCUAAAAUUCUGAGUGAGUUUAUCAAGACAGAUGCUUACAGGAUGGAAGUUUCACAGAGGCCUCCAAUGGCUGUGACAAAUGCUGUCUCCUGGCGUAGUGAAGGGAUACGAUACAAAAAGAAUGAGGUGUUUUUGGAUGUUGUGGAGAGUGUGAAUAUACUUGUCAACAGCAAUGGUCAAAUAGUAAGGUCAGAGGUUGUUGGGGCAUUGAAGAUGCGAACUUAUUUGAGUGGUAUGCCAGAGUGUAAGCUUGGUUUGAAUGAUAGAGUAUUAUUGGAGGCACAAGGAAGAUCCACAAAAGGAAAAGCUAUCGACUUGGAUGACAUCAAGUUUCAUCAGUGUGUUCGGUUGGCUCGUUUUGAAAAUGAUCGCACAAUUUCAUUUGUGCCCCCUGAUGGAGCUUUUGACCUCAUGACAUAUCGACUCAGUACUCAGGUAAAGCCUCUGAUAUGGGUGGAAGCUCAAAUCGAAAGGCAUUCAAGAAGUCGUAUGGAAAUAACAAUCAAAGCCCGCAGCCAGUUUAAGGAGAGGAGCACUGCAACAAAUGUUGAAAUUGAAUUUCCAGUGCCUGCGGAUGCCACUAAUCCAAAUGUACGGACAUCCAUGGGAUCAGCUGCAUAUGCACCAGAAAACGAUGCCCUUUGCUGGAAAAUUAAAUCAUUUCCAGGUGGCAAGGAAUACAUGUUGAGAGCGGAAUUCAGACUUCCAAGUAUAACAGCUGAAGAAGCAGUCCCUGAGAGAAAAGCUCCCAUUCGUGUGAAGUUUGAGAUACCAUAUUUCACAGUUUCAGGAAUACAGGUGCGUUAUCUAAAGAUCAUUGAGAAAAGUGGAUAUCAGGCUCUUCCAUGGGUGAGAUAUAUAACAAUGGCGGGAGAAUAUGAACUAAGACUUGUGUGAAAAAAGCUCUUAUUAUUAUUAUUAUUUCAACAAACUGUUUUUGUAUUUAAGUCCCAAUUAUUAUCUUCGGAUAUUAUUAUAAUAUCAUUUGUUUGUUGAACGAAA